CUAACUGACAUUGCCAUUCCUUACAUCCCCCAUUUCUUUUUCUUUUCCUUUACAAAAUUCAUUUUUGUUGUUUUCUGAGCACUGAAAAAACCCUACAUAGUCAAAACCUCAUUCACAUUUCUCAUUUUUCUUUAAUCACUAUCACCUGCAACAGAAGCAGUAAGAAAAAGCCCUACAUCAACCCCACUCCAUUGUCCUCUUCCUCCUACCUAUCACUCUGUGUUUCUUUUUUUUUUUGGGUAUAACAUUACUUGUAUUCAACAGCUAAAGGGAUUAGCAAAUACUCACAUGGAUCUUUCACCUUCUUCUCAUUCACAUUUCAUUCUCAGUUUCUCUUUUGCUUUCCUCAUUCUAUGCAGAGGUGUUUUAGGGGCUACGUUUACAUUUGUGAACAAAUGUGAGUACACAGUAUGGCCAGGGAUUCUAGCUAAUGCAGGUAGUCCAACUCUACAAAGCACUGGAUUUGAACUUCCCCAAGACUCUUCACGUAUAUUCACUGCACCUACUGGUUGGUCCGGUAGGUUUUGGGGUCGAACUGGUUGCUCGUUUGACGGAUCCGGGUCAGGUUCUUGCGGAACAGGGGAUUGCGGCUCCGGUGAGGUUGAAUGCAACGGUGCCGGAGCUGCUCCGCCAGCUACUCUUGCGGAGUUCACGCUCGGAACUGGUGGGCAGGAUUUCUAUGACGUGAGUUUGGUGGAUGGGUACAAUUUACCCAUGUUGGUAGAAGCGUCGGGUGGGUCGGGUAUGUGUGCGACGACGGGUUGCGUGACGGAUCUGAACCAAAUCUGCCCGUCGGAGCUGAGGAGUGGCAGUGGUGAGGCGUGUAGAAGCGCGUGUGAGGCGUUCAACAAGGCGGAAUAUUGCUGCAGCGGCGCGUAUAAUACACCGGCAACUUGUAAACCGUCGAUGUACUCUCAAAUGUUCAAAACUGCUUGUCCAAGAUCAUACAGCUACGCUUAUGAUGAUCCUACCAGCACUUUCACUUGCAGUGGUGCAGAUUAUACCAUCACAUUUUGCCCUUCUACCCCAAGUCAAAAAUCUACAAAAGAUACAACACCUACGACAGCAACACCCAAUGGUGAUGGGUCUUAUGGUGGUACCGGUACAGGAGCUGUGGACCCUUCAACAGGAGGAACCGGGUCUAAUUCGGGUCAAACAGUAGGUGGAUCAGGCUCCGGGUUUGAGUAUGGGGCAGGAAUAGGAUACGGGUCAGGGUCAGAAUAUGGGACAGGAACCGAAACUCAACCCGGAUCCGGGUCACAAGCUAUGCUAGCAGAUGGGUCAUAUUUAGCUGGAUUAGCAAUGGGAGAAUCCACAAAAGCUUUUUCACCAACAGCUUUGAAUUUAGCAGGCAGUGCUUUGGCUGCAACUUUGGUUUCAUUAAUUUUCUUGUAGCUGUAAUGGGGAGUGUUUUUUUUUUUUUGGCCUUUUGUCUAGUAAAGCUGGUAGAUUCCUCCAGAUUGUAAGCCACCACUUUCUAUAAAUUAAUGUUAUUUUUAGCUAUGAA